UGCCAGCCAAUGAAACACGUCAGUACAAAUGCUUUUUCUACCUAUCCUAUUUCCGGUAGUUUCAACUACAUGCCGGAACAUGUGUUGAUGGUUGUUUUCUUCGACUUUAUUUAGAAGUGACCAGCCGUGACUAAAAUGGCGGCAGCACCUGGAGGUUUCCCCCAGUUGGACCCUGAGAGCACCGUCAAACAGUUCCGUGAAUUCUUGUCUUCCUACAACAAACUUUCUGAGCAGUGUUUCCAGGAUUGUGUUCAUGACUUCACCACCAGGAAGGUGCUGGAUGGAGAGAGUAGCUGUUCAACAAACUGCUUAGAGAAGUAUCUGAAACUGACUCAACGGAUCUCACAGCUCUUCCAGGAGUAUCAGCUGACACACUCUGACGCCGCAUCCACUGUGUCUCAGAUGGCAUCAAGUGGCAACUGAUGAAGCUACUGAUGCUGGAAGGGGAGACAACUGUGUUGAAGGAUGAAGGUCUACGUUCCACCAACAUUGCAUUCACUUGAUGAUUCAUCCAUGGAAAAUCAAUUGCAUCUUUUACUUAAUGACUGCAUGAGUUUAUGGAUCAUGGUAAUUACUGUCUUGUUGAAAGACUGUCUCUGACAAAGAAAGGUCUUAAGGAGCCAGAAAUGUGAUUUUGCAGAGACCAAGUCUGCUUUUACUAAACAGGUGUUUCUAAAUUCAUUUUAAAACUCAGACUUUUCAUAACAAUAUUAAAACAGUCUAUACUUUGGAUACUAUAUAUCUGACUUUACAUUGUAGAUGAAUAUCUUGUGAGUGGAAUUUAUGGUGAAAUAAUCAUUCUGAGUCCGUGCUGACAACAGGGAGAAACUUGCAUGUAGCCGACAUACUGGUCUAUGUAGCCUGGGAGCAGUGCAACGUGAAGUAAAUGUGAUGGGGCUCUGAGGGGUGUGAAUGGGUAUAGUGUGUUUGAGAAAACAGGAUAGUGCAUUUAUCAUAAUUUUCAUCCUUGGAGGACUCUUUAGGUGUGGUAAGGCAAUGUUUUGACAUGUAUAUGUGUGUGCAAACAUUCUUCAUGUGUCAAAGUGUUUUGUCAAGGAACAAUCAAUCAGAAUAAAAACACUAAACAUUG